AUGAUUGCGGCGGCAGCAGCCGACGGAGCCGCAGCUUCUGCGGAUGUGACUGAAGCGGAUGUGAGUGAAGCGGAUGCUGCGGCGGUGGAGGCAGCCGCGUGGGAGAUUCUGGACGACUUUAAUCGCCGAGACGUGCGCGGCGAAUCGCAGGUCUCCCUGACAACCCCAGGGGGCGUUGCCGCCCUCAAGGCCUCUCUGCUGCUAGCCGCCGAAGCCGCACUACGAGACGAAUCCGCCCGCCCGCUGCUUGGCAUCUGCGCUGGCAGUGUGGAGGAGGGCUUUGCCUCUCUCCGCCAGUACCUGCUGGCCCUCGGGUGUGCUGACCCUGCUCUGUUGGAUCAGCCUGGGGGGCUGCUGGUGACGUGGCAAGAUAAGCACUCCAAGGAAGUGCUGGGUCCAGCUUACAUCAAGUUCAACAGCAACUCCAAGACGUGCCAAGUGUCGCCGUACCAGACAGGAACGUUCCGAGGAGUCAUUGUUCAGCCCCUUGUUCCCCACUACCCUCCCCAAUUCCUUUUCCUCUUCCCCACUCCUCACCCACUCCAUAUCAAUCCACCCACUCCCUGCCAAUCCACCCACUCCUAUCCCCUCCCUGUUUCCUCUCAUGCCAUCGCUUAUUACCUGCUGUGGCCUUCCUCCCUCCCUCACUGCCUGUCCCUUACUCUCGGUCGCCGCCAAGUGGGUCACCUCCCGCUCUCCCUCUUCCUGGAGUGA